AUGGCAAAGCGGCCAGCGUCGUCCCGUCGUCGACGACAACAUUUGAAUCCGAUUGAUUUUGGGAGAGCGGUGCCGUCGCGACUGGCUGCCCAUGCCCUCGUGCAUGGGCUGAUACGGCAGGGUUUAACGGCGAAGGCUGCCAAAGAGGUACGCACCUUGAUGGAGGACGGGAUGAAGAUACGAACCAAGACGCUGGAGGCAUGCCUUUUGAGCCUCAACCCAUCAAACCCGCCCAUGCAGACGCACACACAGUUACCUCUGAUCCUGAAGAAGAAACCCGUGCUCCCACUUCCCAAACGAGUCUCUCAAGACCAGGCUGUGGGUCCGGAGGUCCUUCACCUCCGUGGUAGCCUUGUGACCGAUCCCUACACCCGUUUUGCAGUCCGACUUGUUCUCGAAGCUCGCCGUCAAGGCUACAAACGUACCAAGCGUUCGUAUAACAUCGCUGCCCUCCUUGCCCUAGUCCAGGGUGAACUUCUGGUCGCUAGUCUCAUCUAUGCUACGUCCGUGAAGGAUCACAACGCGAACGACACGCCCGCAGCCACCGAAAGCGAGGCGGUUUCUGCCCCACAUGUGACGCACACCUUGCGUUGGCGCAAGGAGCGCGAACGCCUCGCCUCCAGGCCAGUUAUGCAAGCCCUCACGUCAACGAUCCUAUCAACGCUCACUCAACCUCGUACUCCUGAGGGCGACAAUUACCCGUCAUACGACGCGGCGUUUCAGGCUUUGGCGAACCUUGCUUCUCUUAUGGACGAUCAUCUUGUACCAUCGCAAGACUUGGCAACUCUCAUUAGCGCGUUAUCGUCGGCACCCUACGACAAGUCAGCCAAAGUAUGGAUCAGGAAGCGAAACGGACCAGACUGCCAGGUUUACGCCGGUCGGUACUUCGAGCGGGUGCUCGAUCGGUUCAUGGAGUCUCUCCUCGCCGGAGGCGUUCGACCCAUUGGUCCGAUCAGCCUACGUGCUUACAACGCUCUCAUACACUUCGCCCUCCGUCAGCGCUUCUCGCCGUACCUGGCGUCCGCCUUACUUGAACACAUGUCCGCGUGCCGUUCGCCACCGAUCGAGCCUGAUAUCACCACGUUCAACACGAUCAUCCGCGCGUCCACUCUGGCCAGGAAGACCGACACCGCCGAUUCUGUCCUCCGGCUUCUGGUCCAAGCUAGGAACGGCGGUGUUCUCCAACGACUUCCGGAGCAAACCGAACCUAAAUCCGCUCCUCCCGUGGGGGCAGACACAUCGGUUUUCUCGCAAGCCGUGCGGCGCUACCACAACGACGACAUGGACAUCAGCAGGCUUGCCACGUUCUCUCAAUCGCCUGCAGCAGAGAAGAAUCUCCACGUGGACGCCUACACGCUCUCAAUCUACAUCUCCCACUUGGUGGCCACCGGCCGUGCCGAGGUCAUCGGGGACGUGUUGUUCGAAAUCCUCCCAGAGAUCAGCCUCGUCAACCACCCCGCUUGGGGCAAAGCGACGACGUAUGAAGAAAGGCGACACCUGCGCCGACUGAAUCGUCGCGAUGCCAUUCGGCGCGCCGCGCAGCUCGGCCCGUGGUUCUUCACGGCGGUACUCAACGCCCUGCGCAAAGCGGGCAGAGUGGGCCUCACCGAGCGCGUCUGGCGGCUUGCCAAGGACGCGGAGCGGUUUAGCUGGGUCGAGGGCACACGAACGCAACGGGGCGAAGGAGGGAGCGAGGGUCAGAUCAAGCCGUGGUGCCUGCCCGUACACGCUUAUACCGUGAUGAUGCAGUCGUACGUGGACGCCGCG